AUGCCGGGCGUAAAGAGGUCCAGGGAUUCGUCCGCCGCCAAGGCCAGCACAGCCGCCUCGUCGGACGCCAAAAAGCAGCGCAAGUCCAAGACAGACUUCCGCCCUAAAUCGGCCACCGCCACCACGACCGCAGCACCCAUCGCCGCGCCCCAGGAGGUCGACUUCCCCAGAGGUGGCGGCAGCGGCCUCACCCCGCUCGAGUUCAGGGAGGCAAAGCGCGAGGCCAGGGCAGAGAUCGGUGACCAGGACGACGCCCUCUUCACCGACUCGGCCGCCAAAAAGCAAAAGCAAAAGCACAGGGACGCCGCGUCGUCGGCAAAGGCUGCAAAGAAGCAGCAGACCUCCAAGGAUGGCAAGAAGAAGGCUGUCAAGGACGCACCGAAGAAGCCAAAGGUCGACCACAUCCGCGUCGAGCACCUCAACUACAAGCGCCUCGUCCCCGGCGCGCGCGUCCUCUGCUCGGUCCUCGCCGUACACCCGCUCGCCGUCGUCGUGUCCCUUCCGAACCAGCUGCUGGGCCACAUCCCGGCCACGCAGAUCAGCCACCAGUUCACCGAGCGGCUACAGAGAGCGGCCGAGGCCGAGGACAGCGGCGAUGACGAGGACGACGAGGAUGGCGACGAGGAGAUGGCAGACGACAACGCCCGCCGCAGCGCCAAGGCCAUCCCGGAGCUCCGCGACCUCUUUCACGUAGGCCAGUGGCUCCGCGCCAGCGUCAUCAACGUACACUCGGCCGGCGUCACCAAGGGCAUGGGCACCGGCCGCGAGGGCGGAGAGUAUGAGCGCGAGAGCAGGAGGGUCGAGCUCAGCAUCGCCCCGCACCUCGUCAAUGAGGGCGUCAGCGUGACCGACCUCUCUGUCGGCUCCACCCUCUCGGCCACCGUCUCCAGCCUCGAGGACCACGGCUACAUCCUCGACGCGGGCAUCGACGAGCUGUCGGGCUUCCUUAACUUCAAGAACGUCGCCAAGCUUCCCGCUCAGUUCCGCGCAGGCGCCGACGGCAAGCAGCUCCAGAUCGGCAGCGUCAUCGAGGUCAAGGUCAAUAAGAUUGCCGAAAACAGGCGCACCUUUGACUGCACCGCCGACGCCGAGAUCCGCGACAGCAUCGUCAAGAGCGGGCCGAGCGUCACCGCCGUCGUGCCCGGGAUCCUGGUCCAGGCGCUCGUCACCGCCUCGCUGGGCACGGGCCUCAAUGUCAAGCUGUUUGGCAUGUUUGACGCCACCGUCGACCGCUUCCACCUGCCCCCUCUGCCUGAGGGCAAGUCGAUCGAGGACGUCUACAAGCUCGGCUCCAAGCACAAGGCCAGGGUCAUCUGGGACCUGCCGGUGCCCGACUCGGAUGCGCUCGACGGCACCAUGUCCGACACCGAGCGCAAGUUCGGCCUCAGCCUGGCUCCCCACAUCGUCCAGCUCGCGCCGCCCGCCACUCAGGACGGCCUGGUGCUGUCCGAGGCCUAUCCGAUUGGCACCAACGUUGAGGCCACCGUCACGGCCACUGACAGCGACUGGGGCCUCUCGUGCUCGGUCGCCGGCUGCGAGAUCGCCGGUUUCGUCCACAUCUCGCAGACGUCCGACGACCACGUCGUCUCGCUCCCCUCGACGUCGGGUCCGUUCAAGGUGGGCAGCCGCCACAAGGCGCGUGUCGUCGGCCAUGCGCCCGCCGACAGGCUGCUCCAGCUCAGCUUCAGGCAGAGCGUGCUGCAGAAGAAGUUUAUGCGCGUCAGCGAGGUGGCCGUGGGCGAGGUGUUCCCGCAGGCCGUCAUCAAGAAGGUCAGCUCGGAUGCCAUCAUCCUCCAGCUCAACGGCAACGUCGACGGCGCCGUCUUCCCCAGCCACUUCUCCGACAUUGCGCUCAAGAACCCGGAGAAGAAGUUCAAGCCGGGCCUCACCGUCAAGGCGCGCGUCCUCCGCGUCGACCCCAACCGCAACCGCAUCACCCUGACCCUCAAAAAGACGCUGGUCUCGUCCGAGCUGCCCGUCGUCGCCACGCCCGACGACGCCCGCGUCGGCGUCAUCACUCACGCCACCGUCUCCAAGGUGCUUGACUCGAGCCUGCUCGUCGACUUUUUCGGCCAGCUGCGUGCCAUCGUGCCCGCGAGCGAGCUGGCCGAUCACUACGUGUCCGACCUCAAGGCCAGCUACUCCGAGGGCAAGGUCGUCAAGGUCCGCAUCACCGCCGUCGACGCCUCGAGCGGCAGGAUCACGGCCAGCAUCAAGCAGGCGAGCGCGGCGCAUCUCGCCAAGAUCAACGUCGACGCCGUCGAGGUCGGCGACAAGGUCGAGGCCACCGUGGCCGCCGUCCACCAGGACCUUGCCGUCCUCACGCUCGUCCCCUCUGGCAUCCGCGCGCUCAUCUCGCUCAGCAUCCUUGCCGCUAAGCGCGGCGUCACCGUCGACGCCCUGCGCGAGUCGCUCGCCGAGGGCGACAAGGUCGAAGGCCUCAUCGCCGUCGAGAAGAACACCGAAAAGGGCCUCGUCAUCUGCGGCGACAAGCUGCGAUCAAACCGUGACAAGUCCAAGGCCGCCUCGGCCGCAGCUGGCAACAACGGCCAGUCGUCGAUGGCCGGCUACACAAUUGGCGAGAUCGUCGUCGGCCGCGUCGUGCGCAGAAGCCCGCAGCAGCACGACUGCAUGAUUGAGCUGAGCCAGGGCGGCAAGGCGAUCCUCCACCUCACCGACUGCGCCGACGACUUUUCGAACCCGGAGCAGGCCGUGCUGCCGGAGGAGGACGAGCAGGUCCGCUGCCUGCUCAUCGCCGAGAAGAAGCAGGGCCGCAUCGCGCAGGCCAGCACCCGCCCAUCGCGACUCGCUGCUGUCGAGGGCACGCCGGUCGACCCGGCGUCGAUCGUCGACCCAGAGAUUGAGUCGGCCCAGGACCUCAAGAAGGGUCGCAAGUACCGCGGCAUUGUCAAGAGCAUCGCCGACUCGGGUGUCUUCGUCUCGCUCGGCCGCAACGUCGUGGCGCGGAUCCAGAUCCGCGAGCUGUUCGACAGCUACGUCAAGGACUGGAAGCCUCGGUUCGUCGCCGGGCAGGUGGUCGAGGGCACCAUCAUGGACGUCGACGAGGCGAGCAACAAGGUCGAGAUGUCGCUCAAGAGCGACCCCGGCUCGAGCAAGAGCGGGCUCAAGGAGCGCGAGGCGGCGCUCAAGGCCAAGGACCCGGCCGAGCGCAAGCUGACCGACUACCGCAAGGGCGACAAGGUCAAGGGCUUCAUUCGCGGCAUCUCCGAGUUCGGCGUGUUUGUGCAGAUCGAGGGCACCAGCCUCAGCGGACUCUGCCACCGCAGCGAACUGUCCGACACCAAGGAGGUUGACGCCAUCAAGGCGUUCCACGUCGGCGACCGCGUCCGCGCCAUCGUGCUUGACGUCAACCGCGAAAAGAGGCGCAUCUCGUUUGGCCUCAAGCCGUCGUACUUUGAGGCCAAGGACUUUGAGGACUCGGACGACGAUAGCGACGACGAGGGCGACGACGAUGACGAGGACAGCGACGGCGAUGAUGCAGGAGCCGAGGACGGCGAGCAGGAUGUCAGCGCACUGCUCGAAGGUGUCGACGACGACAGCGACGACGAAGACGACGACGAAGAGGCGGAUUCGGACGACGACGAGGGCGACUACAUCGAGAUGAUGGACGAGGACGAGGACGUGCCGACGCGAAACAAGGGCAAGCCGACCGGGCUCUCGAGCAAGGCGCCUGUGCCGGCCCUCACCCUGUCUGGCGGAUUUAGCUGGUCGGCGCCCGCCGACGACUCGGACGACGAUGACGGCGCUUCGGCCGCAUCGGGGUCCGACUCUGACGACGCCGGCGAAGGGUCGGACGACGAGGGUGCGGCUGCGGCCGCCUCGAAGCGCAACAAGCGCAAGAAGGGCAAGGGCAAGGCGAUCGAGGACGACCUCACCGCCGACCUGGCCGAGAAGGCGCCGCAGUCGAACACCGACUUUGAGCGGCUGCUGCUCGGAUCGCCCAACAGCUCGUACCUCUGGAUCCAGUUCAUGUCGUUCCAGCUGCAGCUCUCGGACGUCGACAAGGCGCGCGAGGUGGCACGUCGGGCGAUCAAGGUCAUCUCGUUCCGCGAAGAGCAGGAGCGUCUCAACGUCUGGAUCGCGCUGCUCAACCUGGAAAACACGUACGGCACCGACGAGACGCUCGAGCAGACAUUCAAGGAGGCGGCGCAGGUCAACGACGCGCUGACGGUGCACCUGCGGAUGGUGGCCAUCUUUGAGCAGACGGGCAAGCUGGAGCAGGCCGAGGACAUGUUCAAGCGGGCGAGCAAGAAGUUUGGCUUCGUCCCCGACGUCUGGAUCGCGUGGAACCAGAUGAUGCUGCGCCACGAGCGCGCCGACGACGCGCGGCUGCUGCUGCCGCGCAGCCUGCAGAGCCUCGAGAAGCGCGACCACGUGCGCACCAUCACGGCGUUUGCGCUCAACGAGUUCAAGUACGGCCAGGCCGAGCGGGGCCGCACCAUCUUUGAGGGCCUGGUCGACUCGUACCCCAAGCGCCUCGACCUCUGGUGGCAGUACAUUGACCAGGAGGCCAAGGUGGCCAACAUCUCGGGUGUCCGCAACCUGUUUGAGCGCGUGCUGGCGCUCAAGCUGUCGAGCAAAAAGGCUAAGUCGGUGCUCAAGAAGUGGCUCGAGUUUGAGAAGACCAAGGGCACGCCAGAGGGGCAGCAGGACGUCCUGGACCGGGCGAGGAAGUUUGUCGAGGAGCUCAAGAGGAAGGAGGCCGACGAGGACGCGGGCGAGGGCGAGGGCGACGACGACGACGAGUGA